AUGGCUGGUUUUUCUAGCAAGAAUGUUCCGUUAUUCGGUGUUUCGAGCAGAACUCGUAGCAAGAAUGUUCCGUUGUUUGGUUCUCUUUUACUUGGUGGGUCAUCAAAGCGGAGAAAGAGUGAUGAAGAAGAUAAGGGUUUGGAAUAUGUUUCUGGUUCUAAAAAAAGAAAGAUGACUGAAGAACCUUUUGUUGUUCCUGCAGAUGCCGAGGUAAUUUCCAUCGAUGAUGAUGAAUAUGAAGAUGUUGGUGAAGAAGGGUUGGAACAUAGUGAUGAGAAGAUGUCUGAGGGUGGUGGUGAAAGUGGAGGAAGUGAUUUUGAUGCUAAAGAUGGAAAGUUUGUUGAUGAAAAGUGUGGGGCACAAGAUAACCUGAUUUCGAUAAAUUCAGAUGAGUAUGGUGAAAGUGAAGAACACUCUGUUGAUUCUGAUCCUGAUAACGAAGAAGAAGAAAAAGAAAAAGAAAAAGCAGAUGAUGUUGUUAAAAGUGAUGAAAGUGGGGGAAUUGGUAGGUUUUCUGAUCAAGGUGAAAAGGUUAUAAUUGAUUUGGAUGAUUCUGAAGAGAGUAAGGAGGAUGAUUCGGAUAAGAGUGAAGCAAAUGAUUCUAGUGAUGAAGAUUUUGAAGAAGAGGAGGAGGAGAAAGAGGGUUAUAGGAAAGAUUUCAAUGUGGUGGAGGAGUUGGUAAGAAAGGUGAAGAGUCAAAAAAGGGGAAUUUCUGAGAGUAAUAAUGAGGAAGUAAAUGUUGAGAAUAGUUCAUCUUCUGAUAAUGAUGAUGAGGAGAUGGUGAGAGAGGGGAAGGAUAAAAAAAGUAGAAUUUCUGAGAGGAAAUGUGAGGAGGUAGAGAAUGAGAGCAAUCCAUCUUCCACAAAUAUUGAUGAGUUGGAGCAAGCCGACCAUGCUAGUGUUUCCUCCUGUACCAUUGAGAAGAAGGGUAGUUCUUCUUCUAAGCUGAAUGGAGUACCAGAGACACUGAAACGAAAGAGUGUGGAAGGGAAAGUGAAAAAUCUCUCUGAUGAAUGUGUGAAUGUUGAAGUGAAUGCCAAAUCAGAAAACAAAUCCAAGGAAAAUGUUGGCGACUCUGAUGGAGGAAAAGAUCAAUUUGUUAAAGGCUUAGAUGUUGGAGGAGUUUCUUCAUUUCAAAUAAAGCAAGAAAAGAUGAAGGAAUCAGAUAAACAGAAAACAAUGGAGAACAAAAGAAGGGAUUAUAAAGGUAGAGCUGACAUCUGUAAUGGUGAGAAGAAGGAAUCAACUGAUAACAAUGGAUUGAAUCAAAGCGUCAAAAGCACACAUUUUACGCGCAAGGAGUUACGUUCACUCGAACUCCUUGUUAAAUGCUAUUGGGAAAGAAAGAAUUUCAUGAACAAUGAUUCAAUUGUGUUAGAGGUCAACGACGAUGGUGUUGAUCAGCAUCAUACACGGCCACCACCAGUCUCUGUGGAGACACCUCGUGAACGGAUAUGGAGCCUUAAAAAGGUGGACAUCGUGCAAAAGACCAAGGAGGAAGAGGAGGAGGAACUGUUAUGGGAUGAAUUUGAUACAGCCAGUAGAGAAUCUAACGCUGAAUCCAUGAUUGGAAAUUUAGGAGAAAACGGAGGUCCAUCAUUCCACUGUGAACAUGAUACUUUUCUCGAUGAAGAGAUUGGUCUAUUUUGCAAAUUGUGUCAUGAGGUUGUUACUGAGAUCAAAUAUAUCUCACCACCCGUGAAUGAUAGAUGUCCCGAUAAAGGUUCUGGAAAGAGGGCUUUAUCUGAUGAUUCAGUAAAUGCCUCGCUAUUUGAUGGCUCUCAGUUCAAUGUUUCUGAUGGUGAUUCAGAUGCUAAUUUGUUUCUUGAAGGCUCAGUUUGGGACCUAAUUCCUGAUGUGAAAGAAAAAUUAUAUCCUCAUCAACAAGAAGGAUUUGAAUUCAUUUGGAAAAACUUGGCAGGAAACAUUGAGCUUCAAAAGUUAAAGAAUGCCGAUCCUCGAAGGGAAGGUGGCUGCAUUAUUUCACAUGCUCCUGGAACUGGUAAGACAAGGUUGACAAUAGAGUUUCUCAAGGCGUAUUUGAAAGUUUUUCCGGGAUGCUUGCCGAUUAUUGUUGCACCUGCAAGUUUGUUGCUUACUUGGGAAUAUGAGUUCAAAAAGUGGGAAAUAGGUGUUCCAUUUCACAAUUUGAACAACUCUGAGUUAUCUGUUAAAGAUCAUGAAGAUGUUUUUAAUGCAAAUAAUUGGUCUAAUACACGGCAAAGUACAGAGGAGACGCGGAUGAUGAAACUGAUUUCGUGGUUUAAAGCCAAGAGCAUUCUGGGAAUCAGUUACAGUUUGUACGAGAAGAUAGCCGGAGGAGGGGAAUAUGGAGAUGGAGAUGAGAAAAAGAGAAAACGUGCAAGUGCGGACAAGAGAAAAGAAAACAGUUGUAUGAGAAAGGUUUUACUUGAAACUCCUGGUUUGUUGGUUCUAGACGAAGGACAUACACCGAGAAAUAAAAAUAGUCUUAUUUGGAAGGUGUUGUCGAAAAUUCAAACGCGCAAGCGAAUCAUCCUUUCUGGAACUCCUUUCCAGAACAAUUUCUUGGAACUAUACAACACUUUGAGCUUGGUGAGGCCUUCUUUUCAUAAAACGAUACCGCAAGAGCUGAAAAAGUUUUGCCAGAAGCAGGAACGUAAAAAAGCUCCUAAAGAAUGGAGUUGGGAACCGGUUUUUGGCAACACAGCAGGUAAUACUUCUGACGAUAAGAUCAAGCAGUUGAAAUUGCUUAUGGAUCCCUUUGUUCAUGUUCACAAAGGCGCGAUCCUACAAAAGAAGCUUCCUGGGUUAAGAGAUUGUGUGCUGUGUUUGAAGCCGGAUAGUUUUCAUAAGCAAAUUCUUGAGAGUUUUAAAAGUUCUCAGAACUCAUUCAUCUUGGAGAAUAAGCAGACACUGGCGUCGAUCCAUCCAUCUCUUCUCCUCGAGUGCAAAUUUUUAACAGAAGAAGAAUCUUUUGUUGACAAGGACCGUCUAGAAAAGCUUAGAUUGGACCACAAUGCAGGCGUCAAAACAAAGUUUUUGUUGGAGUUUGUUAAUCUUUGUGCUGCUCACAAUGAGAAAACCAAUUAA